AUGAUGGCAAUUCAAACGGGUGUGAAACCAAGGAAUGUACUUGGGAUGCGGUGUACCAUAACAGAGUGUGUGGGAGCAACCCCUUGGUUGUUUUGGUCAGCCUCGGCAAGCCAGCCGUCGGGGCGUCGUGAUUUAGUGUUUCCCAAUGGUGAAAAAGAUCAUGCCCAAAGGCGAGCUGACAACAAAUUUAUUGAUGCCGAUGUCGAAAAUGUUAUUAUAGAAACA